CAAGAAUCUUCCACGUAAUUGUAGGAUAUUGCUACUUUUUUCUGGAUCCUUACAAAAGAGACGUUCCUUAAAAUCUGAAGAAGAAAAACAUCACCAUAGUUGUUUGUUCUGGAUCAAAGGUUGUUAAAUCAGAGCAUGUCAGAAAACGAAGAACACACAGAAUACACAGCAGACACCGAACCCUCUGCAGCGGCCAGAAAACGUUUGAGGGAUAGGUCAAAGGAGGUAUUGUCCAAACAAGCCGUUAAGAUCGCAAAACGUGCUGAAGAACAUGAAACUUUCUUCAACAAGGUUAUUCAUUUAUUGAAUGUUCUUGGCUUUGGUGGAUUUUGUUUCCUCUUAGGGGCAAGACCUCAAGAUGUUCCUUUAGUCUAUUGUUUGUUCUAUGUUGUGUUUGUUCCUCUUCGUUGGAUAUAUUAUAGGUUCAAGAAAUGGCAUUACUAUCUCCUGGUAAAUUCAAAUAUCUCAAAUCCUGAGUUUGGAAUUUCAUAAUUUUGCAUCUAUGAAGCAUAAAUAUGGACACUAGACAUGCAUUCACACAUCGACACUGGUAAUAAUUUGUGAAAAUAAUAGUGAUUGUAUGUAAUUACAAGUGUCAUUGUUGUGGGCGGGUCGGAUAUCGACAUGUGUCAUACACCUGGACAUGUCUACCAUCUGAAAGUUCAGUGCUACAUGGACCACCGUUCCCUGCAUUCACAAAUUUGCCGCAUUUAUGCAUUAGGCGAAUCUUCGGUCAUUGGAUUGAGAGGGAAUGGUCCAAAUUUCAAGCUUGGUAUUUUUUAUUUUGAAACAAAUUAAAAAUUGCAUUGUAAUCUCGAUUGUCUGAGGUUAAUUCCACGACCGCAAAAAUGCUGAAUGCGUGAAUGCGGCAAAUUUGUGACAGCUGAGAAUCUGAUUUCGUGCUACAUAGGUAUUAGUUUCAUUGGCAUUAUGGCACAAUUUUGGUCAUUUUGUAGCAUUGUAUAGGCAUUUUGUGAGGAGGGAUAAAAGAGAAUAAUAUGUAACUGUCAAAACCAUGGAAUUUGAUUCCUUGCAAUAACUGUGUGACUUGGUUACCAAUCUCGACCGUCCAAUCUAUGAUAGAGGAUAGAAAUUAUUUAUA